AUGUCACCAGUACUAGGUUCGUUCGGCGAGAAUAUAAACUUUGAGCAGAUGAUCCCACAAUCUCAACAGUUGGCGAGUAAUAGUCCAGUUGCUAACCUUGCUCAAGGAGCUCAGCAGAUGUUUGACUCAAAUGCACCUGUUUCUGUUCUUGCAUACGGCGAUCUACCAAUGCCUAUCAGUCAACCUGGAUUGUUGACUUUGCCAAGCCCAGAUAAUGCUGCUAAACUUGUUCAAAUUUAUUUUGACAAGUUCUCCCCGAGUAUACUCUUUCUACACCGACCUAGUGUUGAACGCUGGGCAGAAGAGUUGGUAGAGGCUGGUGGCAAUCUCUUGCAAAUGGAUUAUCUCAAGAGCAGGAAUGCUAUCGUUUUCAUGAUUUUUGCUUCGGCUCAAACUUACAGUGCGAAAUCGGAAUCGUCCGACAUCAGUAUACUCCAUUAUCAAGUAGCAGACGAACAAUUGCAAUCCGAAACUGGCCCACCACAGUUAACUGGCGUUCAAGCACGACUUCUCCAAUGUUUCUAUCUGAUUGCGAGAGGUCGAAUCAACCAGUGCUGGAGCACCUUUUCCAAUGUUGUCAGCUUAAUCUUCACACUUGGAUUAAACAGAAAUUAUAGCCAGAGAGGUAUUGUUGAUUUGAUUGAGGUGGAAUGUCAAAAACGAGUUUUCUGGGCAGCUUUCUAUCUGGAUAAAUUCUUGAGUUAUGCUUUGGCUAGACCACAACUUCUCAAGAUUGAUGACAUUGAUCAGGAGUUGCCAAAGAUUAUAAACGACAGACAAUUUACACCCAAAAACCUCAUCCCUGCUUCUCCAGCAACAUCCUCGACCAAUUCUACGGAUUCCACAGAUAUGAACCCGAAGAACGUUUCAACCUUAUCCAAUCAUACCUCACCAACACCUUUCCCGCCUGGAAAGCACAAAGCAGCCUCAUUAAUUCAGGCCCUUCCUGAAGGCUUAGAUGAAGUCCAAAAUCGACAAAGAUCAGAAUUGUGGUUAUCUUAUCAUCAUACCAAGAUUCUUCUUCUUCGCACAUACCUUCUCGAUCCCAAUUACGAUAUGGUGGAAGAUGAUGGAAUGAUCGGAAAGCUUGAAAAUGCGUGUAAAUAUAUUUGUCAAAUCGUGGAGCCGCGUCGUAGGGGAUUUUUGAAAGGAGAAGAAGCAUCCAUUUUGAAACAUGAAUUUCCGAUAUAUGCGGAUUUUGUCGAAUCGGUCGCUUUUAGAAGUGCUUGGUUCCCUCAAUACAUCAUCUUCACCGCGGCAACCGUAACCUACAUUGCCUGCCACCGAAACUCAGGAAAACUAUGUAAACCUGACGACACAACCAUGCGCAAGAUGGAGAUGCUUCACGCCCCUCUUAGAAAAAUUGUAUUCCCGGGUUCAUUCAUGGGAGUAUGUGUUUCUGUUUUGGAUGAGCUAAAAAUUGCAGUUGAAGCAAUUGUUUGGCGCCGAUUUUCCUACUUAGAUGGGGAGGAGUACGAGGAUGAUGAAACGAGGAAGGAGCGCGAGGAUCUGGAGCGUUAUAUGACAAUGGCUAGGGAGACGUUGAAGGAGACUGGUGAGGACUGGAAUGAAGAUCGGGGUGCGGGUAGAGAUCCAUCUCAUGUUAUGAGUCGGUUUCGUUCUUGGGGAUUUUCGAGACUUACUAAUCGGAUGAUGGAACGUGGAUUGUAG